CUCGCCUGUCUACUGUCCCGACUUCAGCUUCGAAAUCUCGUCAGCUUUCGCACCUGCACUCUCAGCUUGCGCAAUUGACAGCCAACAUGUCUGAUCUGGAGAACUUGCUACGCAUGACGGCUGUACAGGCCGAUGGCAUGAGAGGGCUGGGUGGGUAUGCCGGAGGAAUGUUCAUGGCUGCCAGUAAAGUGCUUGGAGAGGAGACCGUACAAGGUGGCGGUACUGCGGGGACCCAAGACGGAGGUAGUGAGAAGUAGUUUCACCUACAUUACGCUUCAAGGUCUGCUCUAGGAUGAGGCUUCUGUCGACACGGAGCCGCCUGCUGGAAGAGCAAGAUUAUGCCUUGCACCAGUCAGUGCAGCUCAACCGCCCAGCAGCCGAACUCGAAUGCCUUCGCAACGCCCGAUGUCAUAACCUCUCUGAGCCAGUCGUGUAAGCAGCCAUGCAGCAGGCCUCUCAAAAAGAGAAUGGCGCUUCCGAGACUCGUGGUAUCAAGCAACAGCGCACCUCUGCCGCCGCUGACGACGACGACUACGAUAACAACAAGCCCGGACGCGAACGUCGCAAGAUCGAGAUCAAAUUCAUUCAGGACAAGUUACGUCGAUAUAUCACCUCCUCGAAGCACAAAGCGGGAAUCAUGAAGAAGGUGCAAGCAUCAACGACGCGCCUCAAGACAGCGAUGCACUGGGGAGACGCAACCUCGGUAUCUGCCGCCUGCUGGGGAGGGAACACUGUCUCCAGCAGUGGCAAAUACUUUACCUAUUUUGACAAAGCUGCAGAGGAAUCUACUAGCUCCCAUGCAUUUCAGGUUGUGGCCUGCGAUUCGUUUCCCAGACUCCAUUAAAAUUGAGUAUGGCCAGCUGAGCCCAAGGUGCUACAGUCAUGAGUGGUCGCUUUCAAAAGAAUGCAGACAUGUUGUCGCGCCGGGAAAUGCGGCCUCGAUGGUGGCCAGACAACAUUGAGAGAUUGCGCCUGAACCCGUACAAGUGUAAGCAGUAGAGACAAGCGCUGCGCAGCUCGUCAAGGAGUGGGAACAAGUCGAAAUGGAACAUCUGCCUGCCUCUCUCAACACGGAAAGUACAGUACGAAUCGGACAAUCUUACGCGCAUCUAUUUGAACAAGACAACAUACAUCUGGAACAGACCUCCAAGCGGCCACAAGUUCGCAAAGGGCCAGAUGUUAAACAAGAUCUUCAACCACAAAGGCCAAUCAUGUCCAAUUCCAUCGUCAUCCUCCGAUUCAUUGUGAUGCCUAGCAACCUUGUCAUAAAUCGACGGCAGGGCCUCGGCACGCCAUUUCUUC